GCGGUUCCGGUCCGGAUUGCGGCCUGGCAGCUGGGCGAGCGCGGAGGAGGCGAAGGCUCUCGGGGGGUUGGGCCCAGGUUCUGAAACUUGCAGUGACGGAACAUGUCUCAGUCAGGUGAAAAAGUAAAGUUUUCUGACUCAGCAGGCUAUGUGGGAUUUGCUAAUCUGCCCAACCAGGUCCACAGGAAGUCUGUAAAGAAGGGCUUUGAAUUCACUCUAAUGGUGGUUGGAGAAUCUGGUUUGGGAAAAUCCACCUUAAUUAACAGUUUAUUCCUGACUGAUCUUUAUCCAGAACGUUACAUUCCUGGAGCUGCAGAGAAAAUAGAGAGAACAGUCCAAAUCGAAGCUUCUACAGUAGAGAUUGAGGAGCGAGGGGUGAAACUCCGUUUAACAGUAGUUGAUACACCAGGAUAUGGCGAUGCCAUUAACAGCCAGGACUGCUUCAAAACAAUCAUCCAUUAUAUUGACAAUCAGUUUGAAAGAUACCUUCAUGACGAGAGUGGUCUGAACAGGCGCCACAUUAUAGACAACAGAGUCCACUGCUGUUUUUACUUCAUCUCACCCUUUGGGCAUGGGCUGAAGCCUUUAGAUGUAGAGUUCAUGAAAGCUCUUCAUGGAAAAGUCAACAUUGUCCCUGUGAUUGCCAAGGCUGACACUCUGACACUGAAGGAGAGAGAGAGGCUGAAGAGAAGGGUUCUGGAUGAGAUUGCUGAGCAUGGCAUUAGGAUUUACCAGUUGCCUGAUGCAGACUCUGAUGAAGAUGAGGAGUUCAAAGAACAGACCAGGGUCCUGAAGGCUAGCAUUCCCUUUGCUGUUAUUGGGUCCAACCAACUUAUUGAGGUGAAAGGAAAAAAAAUCCGAGGUCGUCUUUACCCUUGGGGAGUGGUUGAGGUUGAGAAUCCAGAGCACAAUGACUUCCUUAAAUUGCGCACAAUGCUGGUAACGCACAUGCAGGACCUGCAGGAAGUGACCCAAGAUUUGCACUAUGAGAACUUCCGAUCGGAGAGAUUAAAACGCACUGGCAAGCCUGUUGAAGAAGAAGUUGUAGACAAGGAUAGGAUCCUCCAGCAGAAAGAGGCUGAGCUGCGUCGCAUGCAGGAAAUGAUUGCACAGAUGCAAGCCCAGAUGAGGAUGAAGCCUGGGGAUGAGUGAGAUGCUGAACAUGUGGCUGUACAAG